AUUGAAGAAGAAAAUUCUGCAUUACAAAUGAUUCAUUCAUGAUUAAUCAUUUCUUAAUUUAGCUGUUCUAUUGCUAUAAAUUGAAAUGAAGGGCGGCUGGUGUUAUGUUGUGUAAAUUUGUCGACCAGGAAGACACCAAAAAUGACGGCGUCCAUUCCGUCAGGAGUUAAAAUUGAUCAAGUAAAAGGCCUCGUAUAUGGCAACUGUACAGGAGAUGCUAUUGGGUUGCUCACUGAAUUCAUGAUCAAAAAGGAGGCUAAAACAUACUAUGGCAAGAAGAGCAAGCUGAAGUUCAAGUACAAGGUGCCUGAUAUGCAUAGGGAGCGAUGGGAAGUGGGUGACUGGACAGAUGAUUCGGAUCAGAUGGUUCUCAUAAUGCGAUCCUUGGUAGAAAACAAUGGAAAGGUGGUUGUGACUGACUUUGCCUCUAAACUUGUCAACUGGAUGAAGCAUGGAUUUGAAGAGUUGGGCGACAAAGGUGGAAUGGGCAUUGGGCAAAACACAGCUGCCGUACUUAAUGCUUCUGGUUACGUAGAUGACCCACUUAAGGUGUCUGAGAAAAGAUGGAACAUUGCAGGUAGAUAUGGACGUUUCCCCGCCCCAAAUGGUGCAGUUAUGCGUACAUCAAUAUUAGGAGUUCAUUGCUAUGACAACAUUGAUGAUGUCAUAAGAAAUACUAUUGAAAUCUGCAAGACAACACACUUUGAUCCGAGGUGCCAAGCAUCAUGCGUUGCUGUAACAACCAGUAUAGCCAUGAUGUUACAGAGGGAACCUAAAGGAAAGGCAAAAUCAAUGAAAUUCACAAAAGACAUGAUAGAUGACAUAAUAAAAGCUGCUUACAAUUAUUCUAAAGAUCUACUUUCCACUGAGGAAUUGAGAGAAGAACUAUUGUUCUAUUUAAAUGUGAAGGACCUGUCUGCCUUAGAGUUAGAUGAGGCGGGGAAGAUUGGUUACACAUAUAAGACUCUAGGAGCAGGAUUUUGGGCAUUGAAGCAAACCAACUUUAGAAAGGCUAUACAAGCAAUUACUAUGGAGGCGGGUGAUGCAGACACAAAUGCUGCUGUGGCAGGGGCUCUACUUGGCUGCAAACUCGGCUUUGAGGAGAUACCAAAGGCAUGGAGAGAUGGACUAAUACACAAAGACUGGUUGAAUGAACAGAUGAGAAAAUUUUUCUUGCUUGAUGAAGAAAAAUGGAAAAACACAAAAUGACAAAAUUAGAGGAAGGAAGGAGUCACAAACUAAAUGGGGUUCAGAUAGUGGUCUGCAAAAAAUAGUCUGAACAACAUACCACAAUAUUCUGUAGUGAUUACAGGGUAUAAUACAGGCUGAAAAAUGCAAAGAAUGUACAAAUUAUGCGAAAACAGCAUGGAUUAUCAGGCACGUAGCCAGCUCUUGCCAAGGGGGAUUCACUUUUCAAAAAAACUUUACAGUGUUCACAUUUUACAACUUUGACUCAAAAUCACUUGAAAAGAGCUCAGAAUGGUGAAAAACUCCAUGAUUUGAAAGAAUUUUUGUAUUAUUGUACAAACGGCAAGACAACAUAGUGGAAAUAUCAGAUUGUAUACAAUUAUAGACAUAAUUGACAAUAUAAACAGAAUUAAAAGUCAACCAAACAGAGAUGUCUUUAAUUUUUUUGCAAAGGAGACAUACCAUA